UUCGCGCGCUGUCGGUCCGCGGGAGCAUGAGAAGCGCUGGCAGUUCCCGUGCGGGCUCUGCCUGCUCCAGGCUCAUCGACGUGACCAGCAACGCACCGUUGCUGCGCUCGCCCGCCAGCGUCUCAGCCUCUUCCGAAGCGGAGCAGAGAACUCAUAAUUAUUUGCUACUGGAUGUUCCUGACACUCGAGAACAGCUAGUCCAUUAUCGGAAUGCAGCAGAAACAGCCAGCAGUGAGCUGGCUGCACUCCUAGUGAAGUAUGAAUGCGCUCAAGCAGAGAUUCUAGAUCUUAAAUCCAAAAUAGCCUCACAGGAAGUCGCUAUACAAGAAUUCAAAGCUGAAGUUGGGGGCUAUAAGGAGAAUGAUGCUCGUCAAUCUUCUCUCCUUUUUUCCAUGCAACACAAAUUCCAAGAACUUGAGAAGGAAUCAGGCACAAUUGCUAUUUCCAAACAUCAAGCGGAGCUAAAAUCACAGGCUAUUCUCCAAGAGAACUUGGAGCUAAAGGAGAAAAUACACGAACAAGAAGAGCAGAUCAGAAAAUGUUUGAAUAAAUCUGAAGAAAGCAAAUCCUAUGCAUCUAAGGUCAGCAAAGAACAAAAUGAAUUCAUCGCACAACUUUGUCAUCUUCUGGAACUGGGCAUAAGAGGAAAUGAAGAGUCACCAGAACGUCUGCUCUCCAAGAUUCGUGGAAUGCGUGAAGAAAAUAACAUGCUAAAAGAACAAAUAGAUACCUUCAGAGAAACUGUAACAAUUCAUGAGAUGGAACUGAAAGCCAACAGAGAAACCAUCAUGAGGCUUGUCUCAGAAGUGAACAAGGAGCAAAAAAAAGCAGCGGCUUGCUCUCAAGACAUAGAAAAGCUAAGUGAUGAUUUAAGCAACAUUGCAGGAGCUAAGCAGAAUCUUGAGGAGGAGAUCAGAAGCCUCCAAGACCGACUGGCAGCCAGCCAACGGGCUUGGGAAGAAUUGGGCCAACUAAAAGUCCAUUGCAAUGAAAAAGAAGCGGAAUUGAGAACUAGUCUAGAGCAGGCCAGGGAAGAAAAAAAGCUGCACAAUGAAUUCAAAGAUCAAAUCGUGACUUUACUGGGGAGUAAUCCCAUUGUAGCGACUCCCUCCAAGGAAGACAUUGUGGAAAAAAUCCGAGAGUUGUGCCACAGAGAGGAGAGCAAAAAAAGAAUGGUAUCCCAGCUUGAAGCUCAAGUAAGCCAACUUACCGAGACUCUGGAGACUCAGACAAUGCUGCAUCAGGAGGCCUUGCAAAGAGCUAAAAAAUCAGAAAAUAAAUCAGAAAUGCUUCAGGAUCAGUUGAGGCGUCUAGAAGGAGAGCUGGUGUCUGGAGAUGUGAUGCGAGAUGCUUGGAAACUGGAGAAGCAACAAUAUCUUAAGUUUCUGGAUCAGCUCUCUGAAAAGAUGAACCUGGACAGAAUAGCAGUGGAGGUUGGAUUUGACAUGAGGUUGGAUGCAGUGCUGGCUCGCGCAGAGCAGUUGAUCAAGUUGGAAAGAGAUACAUUGACUGACAAUAAGAUCAUGGUCCGAAACCUACAGAGGAAGGUAAAAACUCAGAAAGAGCAACUUGAGAACAAAGAAUUGCAUGUGAAACUUUUGCGUCAGAAGAUCGUCCAUCUGGAAGAAGAGAAGCAAGUGCGCACAGCCCUGGCAGUAGAAAGGGAUGAGGCCAACCUCACACUCAGAAAGUUACAAAAGAAAACAGACAGAUUGCAGAAUGAACUUUCUUUGGCGAGAGAAACAAACACAGAUCUGAAAGUUAAACUUGCGGACACGAAUGAACUGAAGAUCAAAGCGCUGGAGCAAGACAAAACCAUAGAAGAACUAAGCAAAUCUCAAGAGAAACUGGAAAAGAUGAAGACAAAAGUUGAGAAGCAAUUAACCUGUGUCCAGUCUGAGCUACAUGUUAGAGAGCGUGAAGCAAAGGAAAAUAAAGAAAAGGCUAAACACUUGUUGGAGUCCGUGACUACAGAAGCAACAGCACUUAAAUCAACUCUUGAAGAAGUCAUGAAAAGAGAGAAACAGCUGGCAGAUUUCCGAAGAGUCAUCUCUCGCAUGCUGGGUCUCAAUAUCGACACUGUGGCUCUUCCUGACUAUGAAAUAGUAACUCGUCUUGAGGGGUUGAUCCAUUCUCAUCAGCAUCUUUGCUCUCCUUGUGCCUGCUUCAAGUGUCAGUGAAAGAAGAUAGACUCUUACAGCUUCUCCACUGGAUGCCUCCUUUCUUUCUACAAAUAAUAGUUAAAACAGCAGAAGUCCAGGUGGAUGUUCCAAAAGUUGACAUU